AUGGACGCGAACCUCAAACCGCGCCAACCAUGGUCUUUACGACGCAAACUUCUUCUCCUAAUCCUCAUCGCGACCCUAAUUCUCGCGCUCGGCCUGGGAUUAGGUCUAGGUCUCACCUUAGGAGGCGGUAACGACGACGACAACGACAAUUCCUCUCCACCAACACCUCUCCCCACACCAAACACCACACUACCAUGGGUACCAUCCGUAUCUGAUACCUGGCAAAUAAUCCUCUCCCAUCCACCCAUUUUAUCUCCCUCAGACACCAGCACAACACCUAACGUCAGCAUCUUCGACAUCGACCUCUUCGACACACCAACCGAGACCAUUAAACGUCUGCAAACUAUGGGCAAGAAAGUGAUAUGCUACUUCAGUGCUGGAAGCUACGAAGACUGGCGACCUGACGCCUCAGAAUUCGCGAAAGAAGAUCUAGGACGUGAUUUGGACGGGUGGCCAGGCGAGAAAUGGUUGAGUUUGGGAAGUAAGAACGUGCGGAGGAUUAUGGAAAGCAGAGUAGAUUUGGCGAAGAGCAAAGGGUGCGAUGGUGUUGAUCCUGAUAACAUUGAUGGUUAUCAAAACGAAAACGGUCUUUCCCUCACCCAAAACGAUUCAAUCGCAUACAUGGAGUAUCUUUCUGAUAUAACCGCCCCUCUGAACCUCACACUUGGUCUCAAGAACGCGGGGGAUAUUAUACCCGCCGUUCUACCCAUCGUACACUUUAGUGUCAAUGAAGAAUGUGUAAAGUAUGAAGAAGUCAACACUCCAGGCACACAGCAAUCUAUACUAUUCGAUGACGAUGUGGUAGCGGAUCCUCUAGACAUAGAUGGAUCCGACUCUAUCUUCAUCAUGGUCGUUGGCGGAUUGGGAUACAUCGGCUCGCAUACGGUAUUGGAAUUGCUCAAGGAAGGCUAUAACGUCUUGGUCAUCGACGAUUUAAGCAAUUCGUACGAGAACGUCCUGAGCAGAGUGCGAGCUCUUGCAGUCGAGUUCUGCGCAGCGCAAGGCCGUCGGAUGCCAGCAUUGCACUUCCGUCAGCUGGACUACAGAAGCGCACAGAUGAAAACUGUAUUGGUCAGCUAUUCAUCGUACUCAAUUGUUAGCAAGCCAGCACCCGCCCUAGCACGGUUCCCAUACUCGACCCUUCAAAGGACGGAUUCCGGCAUCGAUAUGGAUAUGGACGAAGCGCAUGAGCCUAUCGUUGAGCGACGAUCCAGAAUAUCUGGUGUAAUCCAUUUCGCAGCAUACAAGUCGGUUGAGGAGAGCAUCCGCAUGCCCUUGAGGUAUUACAGCAACAACGUUUGCGGACUCGUCGACUUCCUCGCUCUGCUGGACGAGUUCCGCAUAAAAAACUUUGUGUUUUCAUCCUCCGCAACGGUCUAUGGCGAGGGUGCUAACUGUGGAUUACCCUUGCGUGAAGAAUUGUGUGUGCACCACCCCGAGUCGUUCGUGGAUGCCGACGGAACCGAACGCCGAGUUUUGCCAGGUGUUCUAGGUCUUACAUCGCCGUAUGGACGGUCAAAGUUCAUGUGCGAAUCCAUUUUGGCAGACCUGGCUCUAUCUGACCCCACAUGGUCCAUAACUGCCCUGCGGUACUUCAACCCGGUUGGUUGUCAUGAGUCUGGUAUCUUGGGUGAAGAUCCUCGGCAGAAACCAAGCAACCUAAUUCCGGUUAUUGCGACGGUCUUAACGGGUACCAAGCCAGUGCUAGACAUCUUCGGUACCGACUGGGACACCCCAGAUGGAACAGCUGUUCGAGAUUUCAUCCAUGUAGUCGAUUUGGCUCGGGGUCAUAUUGCAGCUUUGGCGGCUUCGACGGCUGGUCGCACUGUGGCACCAUUCCGGACAUACAAUCUCGGUACGGGGCGAGGACACACCGUUCGCGAAGUACUCCAGAGUUUGGAAGAAGCAUCUCAACGGAAGAUUCCUGCCCGAGAGGUUGGCCGUAGGGCAGGAGACGUUGGCUUCUGCGUGGCGGAGGUGAAGCGUGCAGAGACUGAGCUGCAGUGGAAGGCAGAGAGGUCCCUGAACGACUGUUCUGGAGACGUUUGGAACUUUACAAAGGCCCGAUGCUCCGAUUUGUAG